CAUCUAGUGUGUGUUUUCAAGUUUUUUUUUUUUUUUUUGUUUUGUUUUUUUAAAUAGAGAUCAGUGGCAGCGCUGGGUGAAGGCUGUGUGUGCGCGGUGUGUCAGGGAGCACAGGACCUGCCAACAGAAAGCUGAGCAGAAGCCACCAUGGACUGUGCGUGUCUUCACCCGCUAGCCUACCCCUCCACAGAACCCACGAGCUGGAGCGCCAGCCCUUCUGACCACCUUGCAUGAGAAAGGACAGGGAAUCCGGAGGCCCACGUUUACUGGGCGGCGGAGCGCGUGUGAGACGGUCCAGUGGCGUGCGCACAGUGGCCUGAGUUCAGCAGCCAUGUCCUUCAGUGCUACCAUUCUCUUCUCCCCUCCCAGUGGCAGUGAAGCCAGAUGCUGCUGCUGUGCCUGCAAGAGCGAGACCAGCCAGGGCAGCACGGGUCCUCAGGGCGGGAACCCUCCUGCCGGUACCCCCAUCACGGUGACUGGACAUGGCCUGGCAGUCCAGAGCUCUGAGCAGCUGCUGCAUAUUAUCUACCAGCGGGUGGACAAGGCCGUGGGACUGGCCGAGGCCGCGCUGGGUCUCGCACGGGCCAACAACGAGCUGUUGAAACAGCUUCAAGAAGAAGUGGGUGAGCUUCGGCAGGGGAAAGCAUGCGCCGCAGAGGAAGACGGGGAGAGCCGGGCCCGCAGCCCGCCGCCCGAAGAGCCUGGGCUGCUCAAGGGGAGCCCGGGGGAAGCCUGCAAGGCUCUGUCUGCCGUGGAGGAAGAAUGUGACAGCGUGGGCAGCGGCGUGCAGGUGGUGAUCGAGGAGCUGCGGCAGCUGGGGGCCGCCUCCACCGUGGGGCAGGGGCCCCUGGGCUUCUUCCCAGCCCCGCAGAGAGACCUGCGCCUCCCAGGAUGCACUCUGGCUGCGGUAGAGGGAGCCCCGCUGCUCAACCCUAUGGCGGAUGAUUAUGUGGCCUCUGAGGGUGCAAUACAACGCGUGCUGGUCCCUGCUUAUGCCAAACAGCUUUCACCAGCCACACAACUGGCUAUCCAGAGGGCAUCCUCGGAGUCAGGACCAGAAAAUGGAACCAAGUUGCCAGCAACCCGCCCCGAGGACAUGCUUGGUUCCACAGCGCUGGACAGUACCUUGGAAGAGUCGGGCCCAGGGGCCACCGGGGAACUGAACCGCUCUCUGGGAUUUAUCAGCUCCCCAUGCAGGGUCCGGGGGACUGGGCAGAAAAACUCCAGGCGCAAGCGAGAUCUAGUGCUCUCUAAACUGGUCCACAAUGUGCAUAACCACAUCACCAAUGACAAGAGAUUCAAUGGGUCUGAAAGCAUUAAGUCCUCUUGGAAUAUCUCAGUAGUGAAGUUCCUUUUGGAAAAGCUCAAGCAGGAGCUGCUGGCCAGUCCCCACAAUUACACAGAUAAGGAGCUGAAAGGAGCCUGCGUGGCCUACUUCCUCACCAAGAGGCGAGAGUACCGCAACUCUCUCAACCCUUUCAAAGGCCUGAAGGAAAAAGAGGAGAAGAAACUUCGAAGCCGGCGAUACCGGCUUUUCGCCAACCGAUCCAGUAUCAUGAGGCAUUUCGGACCUGAGGACCAGCAGCUGUGGAAGAACGUGACGGAAGAACUGAUGUCAGACGAGGAGGACAGUCUCAACGAGCCGGGCGUGUGGGUGGCCCGCUCUCCCCGUUUCCGGGCCCAGCGCCUCACGGAGCUCUGCUACCACCUGGACGCUAACUCUAAGCACGGCACCAAGGCCAACCGCGUCUAUGGGCCUCCCUCAGACAGACUGCCGUCUGUGGAAGCCCAGCUCCUUCCUCCCGAACUUUACAAUCCCAAUUUCCAAGAGGAGGAGGGAGGAAGCAAUGAGAAAGGGCCGGUCUCUCCAUCCUUUGACCAGCCCCACAAGACAUCCUGCCCUGACUUGAACUCAUUCAUUGAAAUCAAGGUGGAGAAGGAUGAAUACAGUCUAUAACAAGGAUAACCCUGGCUCCCGUCACUCCCCACAUCCCAGAAGUGGGUGGCCGGGAAUAAUGUAGUCAGGGAAAGAUGAUCUGCCCUUAUUAACAUAGCUUCCACUUGAAGCGGAAGCUGGAGACUGGUGGGAUAGCAGAACUGAAUCAGGAGGCAGGGGAGCGGUUCCCCCCCCCCAGAGUGGCAAGCCAGGAAGUGCUUAUUCCUAAGCAUCAACAGUGCCUCAGAGGAGCCCGGGAUGAAAAAGGAGGAUGGGCCAAAGAAACGCGAGGCCUUGGUACACGUCCCAGUCUCUCACUUUGUUCGCCCCCCACGCCCUCUGUUGUACCCACAGCUCAGGAGAAAUACUACUGGUCUGUGCUGUAAUCGAUGCAGAGCGGACCAGUCCAGAGUAAUACUGCCCCCUGGCGGGAGCUUUGUCCUGGGCUUUCUCUUCUGAGCAGGGGAUCAUGGGCUUACUGCUAUUUGGAAUUAGGGUCUAGAUAUGGUAGACAUUGUUUGGAUUUUUUAAAUGAUAGUUAUUGUUUUGCUGGAUUAUAUGAGAAAUUUUUAUCAUUCCCAUAUUAUAUGUGAGAAAAUUAAA